UUUUUUAUGAUGAAAUUAUCGAUUUAGUUUAUAAGUAAGAAAAAUAAUUUGUCAUUUUUCAUGUUCUCCGAACAAUUAUCAAACAAGCGUGUAAAUGAAUCUUGCUCGGAAAAAAAACACUUCUAAAUAUAAUGCUCAUGGAGAUAGAAGUUAAUAAUUGCAGGUAUAGAAUAACAAUAACAAUUAUGUUGCUAUAAUGGAAAGUUAUUGUUAGUCGCUCCUAGGUUUGUACGGGAAAAUGACGCACUUUGGUGGCCAAGUGUCUAUAGACGAUUUUACACAAGGAUUACAGAAUGCAUGCGUUGGAAAGAAAUUUUCUCGCCUACCAAAUUCCCUGCAAGACGUCAUCACUUGUAAAUUUAACACUAUUGAUCUGGAUGGUAAAAAUUCUUCCACCAGUGAUGGCCUGAUCACGUUGGAGGAAUAUCGCUUGGAUUGCAUCUGUUGGUGUGCCUACAAGGAUAUAAGUGCGAUAGAUGAUUGCUUUAAUAAAUUAUUAAGCGAGGAGGAUAAGAUGGUAGAGGGCAUCUCUCUCAAACGUUAUCAGGAAUUAUACGCUCAAUUCUUAGGAUGCCCUGGCACAGACAAAGCAGGUGUUUACUUAUUUGGUCCAAUAUCGGUUUUGGGAAAUUAAAUAUUUAAUAUAUAUAUAUAAAUUUUCUCUUUAAAAAUUAUCAAUGCUCAGUUAGCACUUUCACUCAUUUCUGCACUAUUAUCCCCCUAUUAUAACGACGUCGAUUGGUUUAAAACGAGGGAUAUUUUUUUGGCUAAUUAUCCGAUAAAUUAGCUUGUUGAAAUCGUUUUAAGAGCCUUAAAGUUAUAAAAAUUCGGUAAUUUUAAUGAAUUUUUGAUGUUAUUUAUCCUUAUUUUCUUCUCUGGAGUCGAGAGUUGUUUAAGUCAGUGUUUUUCAACCUGUGGGUCGCGACCCCCUGGGGGUCGCGAAGCCUUACACGGGGGGUCGCGGGUAGAAGAAUAAGACAAGAGUUUGUAGGUCCUACACUACAUUAAAAAAACUACAA